AUGACGCAACUACUCGAGACCAUCUUUGCGGAGCUGGGCAUCAUCCAGUAUCUGGAUGUGUUCCUAGAACAGGGGUUUGACACGUGGGAGACCAUCUUGGACAUUACCGAAUCUGACCUUGAUGCGCUGGGGGUGAAGCUGGGCCAUCGGCGAAAACUUCAAAGACGGAUUGCCAACUUCCGGGGGAUCGCGUCAGAUGCUUCAUUAGUAUCCCCCACGCAGUCCACCGCUGAGGACCUCAAACCUCAGGAUUAUGUCAAGCCAGAACCCCCAACGGUUGACAGUUGUCGAGAGGUUGUCAGCCUCGUCAUCACAAAGAGGAAAUAUCGGCGUCAUCCCAAGCCGGAUGAAAACGCACCUGAGCGACCACCAUCGGCCUAUGUGCUCUUCUCCAACAAAAUGCGUGAGGAACUCAAAGGCCGGAACCUGACCUUCACCGAAAUUGCCAAGCUUGUUGGUGAAAACUGGCAGAGCCUUUCCCCGGCCGAAAAGGAGCCUUUCGAAUCGCGAGCCCAGGCCAUCAAGGACAAGUACUUGAGUGACCUUGCCGAGUACAAAAAGACGCCCGAGUACAUGGAGUACCAGUCUUAUCUUCAGGAGUUCAAGGCUAAGCACGGUUCCCCAUCACAAGACAAGGAUGCUUCCAAAAGAGUCAGGCUCUCCGAGUCGCGAACCCACGGCCGCGGCAGCCCCAGCGCAACUCCGACGCGGACCAUGACCAGUCGGAGCGGGAGUGGGACAGAGAGCCGCAGAGGAAGCGAGCCGCCACCUGGGAGACAGAGGGUUAGCUCCAUUGCCUCAAUGAGUGAGUCUCAGUCCUCAGCUUCGCUGGCUGCCUCAGCUCCAGUCGCUUCGCCGGAGGAGCCCUUGCUCUCCCCAGUUGUGAGCAAUCCCGAGCAGCACUCAUUCGACCGUUCACCAACUUUUGACCCGGACGCGAGAGAUCAAUCUUCCGUACACUGGCCUGGACGUCCCGGCCAAGAAGAGCAGGACCGCGAACAGCUGAGCAUGCACCAGAACCUCCCAUCUCUCUCGGACAUGUUCAGCGGACAGAUGUUGCGCGGUGGGAUGCAUUCUGCAAGUGAGCCCAACGGCUUCUGUUACUCCGCCGCUCAUCUUGUUGGCACGCAGGGUCAUACGCUCCAUAAUGGCAGUGGCGAUGCAGCUCAAACCAUGCCAAACGGGCUGCCAUAUAUGGGGAAAUCGCCAUCACAUCAAUCCUUCGGCCACCACCGGCCACAACUUGAUGGGACUUUAUCGAUUCACGCGUUGUUGGCAUCCAGGCCAGAACCUACUCUUCAUUCCAACCCGCCGUCACACCAACAUCACAACGCCUACCACAUGGACCAACAACCCAGGCUUCCGCACCAGCUUCCCAAUGGUGCCGCCAGCCUUCCCAUGAUGAAUGGUCACCAUCAACUUCACUCCGCCCCUCCACCCUCACACCAUCAUCACCCAAUGAAUGCCCACCACAACAGCCAACCCUUUCCUACAAAAUCACGUCCGGCUACAAGUCCUGUGGAAUUACCACGCCAAGGAAAACAAAGUGCGAUUUUCGAUGGCAUGAACGCAUUGUUGAAAGCGGGCGAGAUUGUCGACCGCCGUACGCAAUAA